CUUCAUGCUCUCCGGAUUUCCCUCGGCGGGCCCUCGUGUGUUGCUGAUAGGGUGUCAGGCACGGUUCGCCGCAACGGAGGCAUGGUCCGAAGGUUCCCUGCUAACUCCUUCUGCCCAUUGACUAGGCAGGAUGCGGCCUCAUGUUUGAGCUUAUUGCCUCUGUAGAGGGGUCCCGCUGGGGCAUGCGACGAUGUUCAUAUCCUUUGCGCAAUACUAUGGUGGCGAGGGAUGCGGUGGAUAGUCAAAAAGAGGGCAUUCCCUCUCUCAGUCCUAACUUCUAUCCGUCCAGUGACUCCCAAUUCUCAAUUGCACCCGAGCAACUCCGGCUUGUUGCCUUCCUUCUUCUUUCGCCAUGGACAUCCUCCGGAAUAGCAGCCCGGUGGGCGAGCUGAUAAAUCGCAUGGAUUGGCAGCAUGUCUACAUCGCAACCACGGCCUUCCUGGUUACCGCGCUCGUGGCCGUGGUUCUGUUCCUUUCAUCCUACAAGGGUCAGAUCAACUAUAACAGUGGGAUCUUCCCCUACGUGAAAUUCAUCUACGCCAAUUUCCUCAAGCCUCACCGGAAGAGCGGGGACGGUCAGCAAGAUGCGUUGGAGAGCUUUUAUAAAACACAGGCCGGGGUGUACGAUGCCACUCGCAAACGCCUUCUGCGGGGCCGAGAAGAUAUGCUGGGUCUCGUUGCGGCCCAGCUGAGAUUCAAGGUGGAGGAUAAGCAGCUGAAGGCCGGGAAAGCCGUCUGGGUUGAUAUUGGCGGAGGAACCGGAUAUAAUAUUGAGGCCAUGGCAGAGUUUCUGCCCGUCCAUACCUUCUUCUCGCAGGUAUAUCUCGUCGAUCUCUCUCCUUCUCUCUGCGAAGUGGCCCGAGAACGGUUCCGACGAUUGGGGUGGAAGAACAUCAGCGUGGUCUGCCAGGAUGCACGGUCAUUCCGCUUGCCAGACGAGGACCACGUCGACCCCCGGGCAAAAUCCACUCCCGCAGACAUCGGUGCGGACGUGGUCACCAUGAGUUACAGUUUGUCCAUGAUACCCGACUACUAUAGUGUGGUCGAUUCCUUGACAGACUUGCUGAAACCAUCCGGCCUUCUCGGUGUUUGCGACUUUUACGUCCAGAGCAUUGUCGAUGUCUCGUCUCGUAACUACAUCGGUGGCGCUUUCAACCGUCAUGUCAAUUGGCUUGGGCGAGUCUUUUGGCGCGCCUGGUUUGAUGCAGACCGGGUGAGCCUCGAGGCCGCUCGCCGGGACUAUCUAGAAUACCGGUUUGGCACGGUUGUUUCUGCCAGCGAAAGAAACUAUCUUCUCGGAGGUAUCCCCUAUUACAUCUUCCUCGGCUGUCAGAAAGAUAUCGCGUCCAGCCAGGCGGGCAGAGAUACCAUCGAGAAGCUUGAUGCCUCCUUCACCGAGUCACCCUACUUGUCCCCUGCCAAUCACCAGAAGGAGAUGCAGAAGGCUGCAGAGGUCAGCGCACAAGAGGUUCGGUCCAAGGCAUACGAGUCAGCUGUGAUCAACCUAGGCUCCAACCUUCCACUUCCCUCUUCCUUCUACCAGAACCAUCACUACCGGAUCUUUUACAAUGACCUGCUCCCAAAACACACCCAGUUCGGGAAUGAGUACAUCUAUGCCUUCAAUUGGGAGGACCCUCGUGUCGACCACCGGCUUCUCGACAUUCAACGUGAUGAUGUGAUCUUGGCUAUUACUAGCGCUGGUGAUAAUAUCCUAGACUACCUGCAGAAGAGUCCUCGACGAGUGCACGCAGUUGACUUGAACCCAAACCAAAACCAUCUCCUCGAACUCAAGGUGGCUAGCUUCAUUGCCCUCAGCCAUCGCGAUGUUUGGAAGAUCUUUGGAGAAGGAAAGCACCCUGAAUUCCGCCAGCUGCUGAUUUCUCGACUCAGUCCCCACCUGUCAAGUCAAGCGUUCCAAUACUGGCUGGAGCACACUCACGUCUUUACAUCGAAGUCUGGAAAAGGUCUUUACGAGACCGGUGGAUCCCGGCACGCUAUCAAAAUGGUCCGAUAUCUGUUCAAGGUGUUCGGUCUUGAGAACCAGGUGCGCCAGCUAUGCGAUGCCCAAACUCUGGCCGAGCAGCGCCAGAUCUGGCCUCGUAUUCGUUCAGUCCUGAUGAGCAAGCCUCUUCACUGGGCUGUAGUCGGGACCGAGUGGUUCGCAUGGAAGGCCGCAGGCGUGCCUCGCAACCAACGUAACAUGAUCAUCGACGAUUUCUUCAAGCGAAACGGCUUGACUGCGGAUAUGAAACAAGCCAAGGACAUCAGCGGUCAAUCGAUCUGGGAAUACGUCGUUGACACGCUCGACCCGGUCGUCAAAGACACCCUUAUUAGCUCCGACAACUACUUUUAUUUCUUGUGUCUCCAAGGCCAAUUCUCUCGGAGAUGCCACCCCGCAUACCUGUCCCCCAAAGCACAUGUGAGGCUAUCCUCACCAGGAGCAUUCGACGGACUUCGCAUCCACACCGACGAGAUCAACGAGGUGAUCAAGCGCAUCACACCGCGAAGUCUAACCAUCGCCGUCGUCAUGGACUCCAUGGACUGGUUCGACCCCUCCGGUAGCGACGCCUCCGUCCAAGCCCAGAAGCUCAACCAUGCCUUGAAACUCAACGGCCGUAUCCUUCUCCGCUCCGCGAGCAUCGACCCCUGGUAUAUUCAGAACUUCGAAGAGAAUGGCUUCACGGCGCGACGAGUCGGUGCUCGGUUCCCUGGAACAUGCAUUGACCGCGUGAACAUGUACGCCUCGACUUGGAUCUGCACUAAGACCAAGGAAUUGGAACAGUCAUCUCUGUCGGAUCGAUCGAUGUCAGCGCUGUCGCUGGGCGACAGUAAUGGGAAGAGAUCGAAUAGCAUGGAGCACCUAGAGAUAUGAUUUGAUUUGACACGAUUUGAUACCAGCCUAACUACCCCUUUGCUUUUCUGUUUCUCCGAACCUUGUUCCUUCGUCCAGUAUAUAUCAUCAUGUUUAAGUUAGGAUUCUGUUAGAAUUUUUGGCGUGUUUUAUAUCAUCCCCCAAUUGGCAGACAGAAGGCAGGAGGUUUGUUUAUAC